AUUCCAAUUUCCAAGGGUUACGUGAACGCCUCAUGACACUGGCAGCUAGCCUAGCCGGCUAACUUGGCUAAUCUGAUUUAUCGUCUCGGUUAAGCGCACGUAACGCCAGCCAGGAUUACCAAAAUUAGUUUUCCAUAUCUAUCGUAAAAGACGAUAUCUAUCUGACACCCAGCAGCAACUUAAUUUAAGAAUGGCAUCGCUUGGGGAGCCUGUGCGAUUGGAAAGAGGUAAUGUUAAUUGGCUAGCCAGCGUUAGCUUAGAAAUAUUUGUUGUGGUGCCGGGAGACAUUAACCUAGCCCAGUUAGCAUUAGCUAGGUGGUGAUUUUUUCAUCUUUUUUUCUCAUUAGGUUCGCUUUUCUUGUUUUAUAUAUGUCAGGUUGACUGCUAAUUCUUAUGGUUGUCACUAUUUAGGUGUAUUAUCGGCAUGAAGCUCGAGUAGUAAUAGUUAUUCAGGCCACACAGUUUUGUUCACUUGCUAACUAAUAAUUAUAGCAGACAGUGAUCAUAUAACCUGAGUCGUUUUGUCAAAGAUGGUCGGUAUUUCCCCCCAUAAAUAUAAGAUUUCUCAGACCUCAUAAACGAGGAUGUCCGGGGGAAGUUAGUAUCAGUACAGACUUUAUUUCCAGUUAGUUCCCCUUGAUUAAAUAACGACAUUAGCUCCUGCAGUGUGUGUUAAUGGACUGUGAUGGGACAGCAUAUAAGAGCAUUAUAAACUACACUUCAACAACCACAUAUGCAACAUCAACAUUAUUUUACGUUAUACUAUUAUUUUGUGUUAAACUAUACCAUUGUAUUUUGGUGCUGUAACUGGGUGGCAAAGUGGAGUGAGCACAGAUUAUUGGGUUAAAGAGAAUUUCACAUCCAGAUUGAUUCAGAAGGAAAAGAAAAGUCCAGAGCCUGCAAAUCAUUCAGCACCAGCACUUUUUCUGAAAUCUGAUAUUGUGGAAAUUGCCGGAGUGAUUUAUGUAGUUUCAUGAUUAUUUUAUUUGAUAGUACAUAAAUAGUGCUGUAAGCCGAUGAGUGAACUUCUUCGUGUAAUAAAUCUCAAACUAAUUAAAAACAGCAAUGAGUCAUAUUAUGCAUAAAUAUAUAUUUAACACAUGUAAACUGUGAUGAGAAUUAACAGCAUUGAUUCAUCAGAACCUCUCAUGCUUCUCAUUUUUGUGUGUUGCCGGUGAGAAUGUCAGUUGUUAUGAUAAUGUCUGUGCUCUUUUUAACAGACAUUAACCGUGCUGUUGAACUGCUCGAUAAGCUCCAGAGGACAGGGGAAGUACCUCCCCAGAAGCUUCAAGCGCUGCAGAGGGUCUUACAGAGUGAAUUCUGUAAUGCUGUCAGAGAAGUGAGACUUUAUACUUGUUACACUGAAAACAAUUCACUGUGAAAGACUGCCUAGAAAUUGUUUCAUUUCUUUGUUUACACGAUGUGGGAAAGUGUUGACUCAACACUGUUCAACUGUGUCUCUUCAGGUGUAUGAACAUGUCUAUGAAACAGUGGAUAUCAACAGCAGUCCUGAGGUCAGGGCCAAUGCCACAGCUAAGGUAUACAGAGUUACCACCAUUUGUUUGUUUACUUCAGAUCAUUUGUUGCUUAAUACUGUCGAUUUGCCAAAGUCAAACAACAGCUCUUGUUUAUUUGUAGGCCACUGUGGCAGCUUUUGCUGCCAGUGAGGGACACUCGCAUCCUCGUGUUGUGGAACUGCCAAAGACUGAAGAAGGCCUGGGAUUCAAUAUAAUGGGAGGAAAGGAGCAAAACUCACCGAUUUAUAUCUCACGAAUCAUCCCCGGUGGAAUUGCUGAUCGACAUGGAGGACUAAAGAGAGGCGACCAACUCCUGUCUGUCAAUGGAGUGGUAUGUUCAAGAGUCAAAUCCAAAGCAAAGGUCAAAGCUGAUGGUAUUGAUCCACGUGGCACUUGAAUAAAAUCUGAAGCGAUCACAGGGGAUUAACAGUCUUAAAAAAUGAUGAUAAUCUUCUUAGCCUCUCUAAGUCAAGUUUGUGUACAGCUCAACAUCAUAAAUCAAACGUUUUAUUUGAGUGGCCUUACACCCUUUUCAACAUUUGAUAGCCUCUGCCAUUAGACCAUUUGACUAAAGAAGCAUUCUGGGGGUUUGCAUACACAGAGGAUGUGAGAUGAGGUUAAGACACUUAACAACGGGAACCAAGCAACUCUUUCAGUUCUGUAUCAGGUUUCAUUAAGUACAUGUUGUUGUUUUUUUCCAGGUGUGUAGAGAUCAUUCAUGCUUGGAAGGCGACUACUCCCAUUUCACAUUCAAAUAGUGAAGGAAAAGUUGGGCACAUACACACUAUGAUUGAACAUACUGUUUAUUUUCUGUUUAAGCUCUCCCACUGUCUGUUUACACCAUAAAUCUGCUUGUUGUAAACAGCGCUUUGUGGCUGUAAGAAUUGUCGCUUAUAAAUGUAGCAGUAAACCAGCAGCUAUCAUGCAGAAGAGGGCUGCUGACAAGCAAGUAUGGAUGUAAACAGUUUUAAUGCCCUCUUAAAGUUGGGGGUAACAGCUCACAUGAGAGAGGAAAUAAAUUCAACCUGUUUUUUAUUAUGUAAUACAUUUACAAUUAUGUGCGGUGUUAAGAAACUGUGACCUUAAAUAUGUUUGGGAACCAAAUUUCGACAAGUAGACUUUAAUUAUCUGCUACAACAGUUAUGACAUUCAGCCUUUGUGAGUGUGCUCACUGUGCUUCGGUUGCAGUUCCAACAUUGGGCUGAAACAAUCACCUAAUUGACUUUGUUGCUCAUAUAUUUUCUCUUAUUGAAAUUUCCAAAUUACAAACUUUUAUAUGGGAAGUUGCACCAAGCCUGUAAAAAUACUGGGGCCACCAUUUCUUCCACAGUGACCACACACCUUGUUGAUUUAGUUCUUAACAGUGCCAAUAGUGUAUUGCUUUUUAGGAUUAUUAACCUAUAAAAAUCUUCUACUUUACUACAGCUUCAUGCCCUUAUGUGAUAAAUAUCUCAGAGGUUUUUUUUCUGUUUUUUUUUUUCAGAGUGUGGAAGGUGAGCACCAUGAAAAAGCGGUGGAACUCCUCAAAGCGGCUCAGGGUACAGUGAAGCUGGUUGUAAGGUACACCCCCAAAGUCCUGGAGGAGAUGGAGUCACGCUUUGAGAAAAUGAGGUCGGCGAAGCGCCGGCAACAGAACAACUAUCCCCAGUAGGAUUUUCUGUUAUGACGCCCAGCUCCCAUGUCUCUCUCCCUUUAGCCCUCUGGCCAUUUGUUCUGGUCUCUUUCUUAUCUCCCUGCCUGAGAAAAAAAAAAAAAACUUCACAAACAUACCCAUUGCUUCUACUCCACAAACACUGUUUGUGAUGUGCUUCUACCCUCUUCUGUAGCAUAUUUCAUAUUUGUUCGACUGUACACUACAAGUCUAGACAGACACUAGAAUGAUCAUGAUUGUCAGUGUAUGUGGCUGCUCACACGUGUGCAUUAUCUUACAAUUGACGAUUUGAAUGCAACUUUGAAUGCUUUUGAGACCAACUACACGAUUCCUUAGAAUAGAAAGAUGGUGAAUUGAAUUGUUUCAUCACAGCCACUAACAAGUGCCUCAGGGCAGAAACAUUUAUCUUAUGUACUGUUUGCAACACUCCCCUGUUCGUCUAAUGGUUCAAAAUCAAAGUGCAAGUAAUUAAAUGUUAAUUGCAGGAAUAACUUCUUGCUUCUGUUACACACUAAUAUCAUUUAAUUUGAGAUAAAUACCCAGAAAAUGGAUGUAAAAGCCCUGUAGUUGAGCAAACCUAAGAAAGAUGCAGUUUUAUUUGAUCACCACUUGCAGUCAGAUCUGAAUGAGGGACUUUAAGGAGUUAUUAGUUGAGCGUUAAAAAAAGGGAAAAGGUACGUUUUUAAUAACCUCAAAACAGCAGUGAUGGAUUAUUUCACAGGUUUUCUCUGGGCUUCCUCUUGAAGCCGUUCAGCAUCAUACGGCACUAUAAAAAGCUCAGCUGGUGCUGUAAGUGAUUUAAUGGGGUCUCAGCUACUUUUGAACUAAAUACCUGCCAUCACAGAGACAUGCAGUUUUACUUUUAGUAAAGUAAUAAAUAUUCACAAGCAUUAAACCUGCAGUCAGCAUGACAGGAAAAGAGAAGUUCAGAUUAUGAUUAACAUGUCUUAAAUCAGGAAUGUAGUACAUCAUGUUUUUUGAUUUGUUAGGUAGAGUACUUAAUGAGGAGUCUGUUAACUUGAUGUUUUUCUUUGAUCUUUAGUUGAAACCGCUGUUUGCAUCAUUCACUGAAAGUUAAUAGCGGGGAUAAAUCAAACCUUCAGCAAUCAGAGAAUGUCAAACAAUAAUGCUUGAUUAAGCCUAAAACAUAGAGGAUCCGUAUUGAGCGCAUUUCGUCAGCAUCGCGUGUCAAGCAGCAAAUAGGUUCCCAUCCUAAUCAGUGCAGCAUCGCACACAGGAUGCAUCCGUUGCAGCUCUGUCACAGAAGCGUGUCAUGCGCGGCUCUGCGAAAGAUACACGCAGAGUCUAUUUUCUCCGCUCUACGCUUCCAACACGCGUCAAUUUACACAGGGAAGAUCGUUCUAGACAGGAUGUCAAGCACAGAAACCACGCAUAUCAUCUGGUAAAUUUAAAAAUAAAACACCAUAUGCGGACCGGGGCUGCACUACACUGCUGCCAUGAUCCGAACACGCAUCCUGUGGGCGAUAGACAGCGCUGCUCGACGGAGCAGAGACGCUGACAGAACGCACUCGUGUGUUUUAGAGUUUUCAUUGUUUUCAUGAAUCAUGUCGUGGACGAUAUCAACAUCCACGACUGGAUAACUGGAUAUGACAACUGCAGGAAAUUAGGCUGUACAUCUGUUUCAUUGAAAUAUGGUAUUAACAGUUCUCUGACAGUCUAGCAGAACAAAAGUGUUUUAAAUGAAACAUUCACCUUCUCAGAGAUAUUUUGUCCUGUUGAUUAUGAUAUCUCAGAAAGAUAGAUGGAUGAAAGAUAAAACUUAAGGUGUCGGGGAACAGAUUAGAAAUGUUGCUUAUACUCUAUACAAUGUUACAAUAAUACUCAUACAUUUCAAAACAAUGUACUACAGCAAUAGUUUUACUAUUUUCUCUACUGUCUGCAUAUUUAUUGUCCACACUUGGACAUUAUUUAUCAUUUGUCUUUAUCAUCACUAAAAACUGUUUUAGAAAUCAAAAGUUUAGUGGCAUUAACGCACUCUUUAUCAAUAAACAAACUGCACAUGUUGUUAAAUGAUGUUAGUCAUCACAAUGAAGAUUUUAUAACUGAAUACUGCCAAUCGGUCAAGUUGUGAUGCUUCAAAGCAGGCCAGUGUACUGCUGUCAGUAACCUACACUGCACUGUGUAUGAAGACACUAUCCUCCUUUUUCAAAUGCAACACAAGUGUUUGCAUAAUAAAUGUAAAGCUUGAUAUUCCUCUCAUCAUGACAGGACCUCUCAUGGUGUUUAAAAACUACAAAAUAGAAAACAUACAGAGAUGUCUGAAUCCCACCCUCAUACCUGUGCACAACAUGUCAGUCAAACUCGGUAACAAGUCAAGGUUUUCUUUCAAAGACUUGAUUAUUCCAAACAGAAAAAAAUACUUCUGUGCUUCACAGAGAGUUUCUCUUUCUGUCUUUUAGUAGGAAACAACCGAAAACUAGUAACUUAUUUAGCUGCAAAGGUUUCCUCACACAUUCUCAUCUCCCUGAUAGAUGCAGCAUCAUGUAUAUAGCACAAUGUAAAGUAGGCUCUAGCUGACUAAGCCAUACUGUUGAGACAGUUUUAACAACAUGAUACACAUACAUGAUGGAUAAUGUUACAGAAACACUUGGCUGAUUUACUGAUAUUCCCUCUUUCUUUGAUUUGUGUCACUAGAGCGUUGUCCUCUGAUGCUGAACCAUUGUUUUCCACACUGUAGUGUGUUUUUAAUCCACCAUCUCGUCACACAAAAAGAUCCAACUGAGACAUUUUAAACUGUAAAUAGCUCAUUAGAGGUUCACAGGUACUUUAAAAAAACAUGCUUCGGCCUUGUUAGAGAUAGACUCAAAGCGAGAUUGAUCAGUUGGCGAUCAUAUUUGUUCAUUUGCGGUUUGGAGUAAACACUCAGUUCGCUUAGAGGUCUCUAACUUGUGUCUGUUAACAAUCUCUGCAUGCAUCCAUUAUUACACUCCAUGUCACUUAAAAGUCAGCUGUUCCUUUAAACACAACGUUAACUAGCAGAAAUGAGCGGUAUCAUCACUGAUUUUAUCAAGCUUUUAUUUAAAAAAUGAUCAAGUGCAAAGAAAACAACUAAACACGCUGAGCAUAAAGCUUUUUUUUGUAAACGCUGUGCUCCCAGUUAUCCCUAACUCUCCUUAAAAAUGUGUCUAACUAUUGGACUAAGUUAAAAAUGAAUAAAAUAUGAAGAAAGACAACAACUGAAUGCAAAAUAUGAAUCUAUGCAAAGUCAGUUCAAAACUUUUGUAAAAACUCCUUGAAUGGUGCAGGAGAGCAGUGGUUUUACUGCAGAAUGUUUCUGAAAUCUACCACUUCAAGGCUGCGUGGAUAAACAUCUAAUGUAAUGAUAACUAUUCGGCUGCUGCGCUGAAACUUUGUACGAUGAGACAAUGUCAUAUGAGGACAUUGUCAUAUUGUUGGCCAUCAGGUAUUUGCAGUAUCCUGUGAUAUCAGCUUUUGCUUUCGAUAAGUGAUUGUCCUGCUGCAUGUAGAAGAGCUUCCUUUUGUAGAAGUGUGGUUAGCAAUAGAUUACUUUAUCGGCUACUUUUGUUUUGAGGCAGAGCGUUUAGCAGCAAAGUAGGGAUGUACAUAAGAGUUGAAAUGUCUUGAAAUAAUACAUAGUUUGAUUGUGUUUUAUCCAGCGUUAACUAAUAAGAAUCACUGCUUACACACGCGUAUCAUUCAUCAGGAAAAAUGGAAUGAGACUCAGUAAUGUCACUCUCCACUGAAUGUCACUGACUAUUGUCUGACUUUGUUGCUAAAUUUUGUGAAGUACCCUUCAACUUUCUACUCGUUUUUCCUUGUCUAUACCUUGGGAUGGUCAAUAGAGUAUUUUUUAUAACACUUUUCUUUUGAUAUUUUCUCAAUUUUUAUAAGUGAUUUUUCCUAAAACAACUACCAGGAAUGAUUGGUACUUCCACUUUGACUGUGUACCAAGGCCAUAUCAGAAAAGCCUCUCGGUGAAACAGCCCUCGUGCAGGAUGAGAGUGAAACUGUCCUGGAUCAGAGCUUGUCUUUCCUGGGGUCUGAACUGAUCUCUUUCUUUUCUUUCUAUUACAAGACCAAACUUGCGACAUUUGUGAGAACUUUGAUAAUGUUUUGAAAUGUUUUAGCUUGUGCUUGUUUAGGACUAUGACUUGUAGAUUGUGUUGUGUUUUGUUGUGUUCUUCAGUUUCUUACCUAAUUUAAUGUGUUAUAUGGAUAUGGAUUGUAAAUUGUUGUAAUGUAGAGCAUAUUAAUAGUUAGACUGGAGGCUAAAUAAACAGUGCUUACAUUCAUGAAUCGGAAA